AUGGCUGCUACUGGUAGUUGCAGACGAAUCCUCACCUUCCUCCUCCUUCUUCUUCUUAAUCUUCACCUAUGCGUAUCUACAGUAGCCCACGAAGACGACGACGCGAUCGUCUCCAGAUUCCAGGACUAUCUCCGAAUCGACACAGUCCAACCCAACCCGGACUACUACAAAGCCGUUGACUUUAUCAACUCCCAGGCCAAAUCACUCUCCCUCGAAUCUCAGACGAUCGAGCUCGUCAAAGGAAAGCCUCUCCUCCUCCUCAAAUGGGUCGGCUCAGACCCGACCUUACCCGCCUUCCUCCUCAACUCACACACCGACGUCGUUCCCUUCGAGGAAUCCAAGUGGACCCACCACCCGCUUCGAGCCCACAUCGACGGUAAAGGCAACAUCUACGCCAGAGGCUCGCAGGACAUGAAGUGCGUCGGGAUGCAGUACCUCGAGGCCAUUCGCAAGCUCAAAGCUUCCGGUUUCCGCCCCAUCCGAUCCGUCUAUCUCUCCUUCGUCCCUGAUGAAGAGAUCGGCGGCCACGACGGCGUCGAGAUGUUCGUCGAGUCAGAGCUCUUCAAGUCCUUGAACAUCGAAAUUGUGCUCGACGAAGGUCUGACAUCGGCUAGUGAGAGUUACAGAGUGUUCUACGGAGAAAGGAGUCCAUGGUGGCUUGUGAUUAAGGCUAAAGGACCACCUGGUCACGGUGCUAAGCUUUAUGAUAACUCUGCCAUGGAGAAUCUUCUGAAGAGCAUUGAGAGUAUACGGAGAUUCAGAGCUGCUCAGUUUGAUCUUCUCAAAGCUGGUGGGAUUGGUGAAGGCGAUGUUGUCUCCGUUAACAUCAACUUUCUCAAAGCUGGCACUCCUUCUCCAACAGGUUUCGUGAUGAAUCUGCAACCAUCUGAGGCAGAAGCUGGUUUUGACAUUCGUAUUCCACCAAGUUAUGAUUCUGAAGCACUUGAAAGACGUUUGGUGGAGGAAUGGGCACCAGAAGCGCGCAACAUGUCCUUUGAGUUCAAGCAGAAGUUUUCAGGGAAGCAGAUCAUUACAGCAACAGAUGAUACAAAUCCGUGGUGGAGUCUCUUGGAAAAUGCUGUCAAGGAAGCUGGAGGUAAGACUAGUAAGCCUGAGAUAUUCCCUGCGUCGACGGAUGCUCGCUACUUCCGGAAAGCUGGCGUGCUCGCGAUUGGCUUUUCUCCCAUAUCCAACACCCCGGGCUUGCUUCAUGACCACAAUGAGUAUUUGGGUAAAGAUGAGUACUUGAAGGGCAUCGACGUGUAUGUUUCAAUCAUCAAAGCUUAUGCAUCGUAUGAGAACAAGAGUCGCUCGCGAGAUGAGCUAUAA